AUGUCAAGCUCAAGUUCCCUAGGCUCGAUCGGGGCCGGAGAUGCCGAGCAGUGGAUUCAGCAGCCAUGCGAAGCGCUCACUUAUGCCUCAGGGUACAACGGAAUGGACGGCUUGGAUUAUGGCAAUCCUUGCGCAGCUGGUGAUUGUCUCAUCGCGCAGCACUGCAGUUCCGGCGGCUGUAGGCUGGAGGACCUCGGCGGCAGCUGGAUCUGCUGCCAAUGCAACAGCAGGGGAAACACCCUCAGGCUAUGCGUCCGACCGUUGAGGAAGAUUCCCGACGCUCUUUGCUACCAUGCCCCUAUACGCUCCGAUGUGAGCACGUCGUCACCCGAACCCUUUACUGUUCGGAUGCUCCUCCGCCAUCACGGCGGUUGUGCGAAGAACGGAGGACUUGUAUCAGGGUUUUCCGGAAUGCUGUACCUUGGCCGCCCCCGCCGCAAUUCGGAACGCAAUGUCCUCUGGCGAAUUGUCCAUUCGAAGAACGUGGGGGUCAUUGGAAUUGUUGUUGGUGUGGCAAGGAGUGGAACAACCAAGGUCGUUGUAGCUGUGUGA